GUACAGGGCAGUGUAGUGCUGCACAGUGUUUUGUCUGCUGAGCUGGAGAGUGUGAGAGUGUGUGUUAUUAUUGUGAAGCCCCGGUGGACUUAUCAGACUGAGCAACAUGUGGACCGCACGUCCACAGAAAGAGCAGGUGCGCCCUGCUCUGGGGGCUGACAAGUGCUAGGCAUGCUGGGUAAGGCCCCACCCACCAGCAGCAGUCUCACCUUGGUGAACUCGGAACUAACGGACUCCACGGGGGACAUCGCGGACGGACGCAGCCGCAUCAAGAUGGCUGAGCUUGUGGAGAGCUUGGACACCAGAGAGCUGGACAUCGGAGAGGGAGAGGAGACUGAUUUUGAGGGACACUGCUUAGGAGACAGCCGCAUCCCGUUCUCGGCAGUGUAUGCCACCGUGGGCUUUAAGGAGGCCAGUGCCAGGGUCUACCUCGCCACGGUCCCCAUCACUGCCAGGAUCCUGGAGGUGGAGAGGUUCACCACAGCACAGGACCGCUUCAACCUGUCCCACCACAGGAGCGUCAACAAGUCAUUGCCGGCGGUGUUUAAGAUCGAGCUGAAGCAUGGCGAGUUUACCUGGGUGGUGAAGAGGAAGGAGAAACACUUCAUGGAGCUGCACAGAGAGCUGAGGACGUAUAAGACCUUCAUGAGGAUACCACUGCCCUCUCGCAGCCACACCGUGAGGAGGAGGAGUGUGAGGAAGAGCGAGGUGAGGGAGAUGCCCUCCCUGCCCAGGGGGCGAGGAGACGAGAUGGCGCGGGACGAACAGGUCUCCAGCAGGAGGAAACAGUUGGAGGAUUAUCUGAACAAACUGCUGAGGAUGGCCAUGUACCGCAAAUAUCACCAUACUAUGGAGUUCAUUGAUGUAAGCCAGAUGUCUUUCAUCCACGACUUGGGGCCCAAAGGACUGGAGGGGAUGAUCUAUAAGCGCUCAGGAGGUCAUCGUAUCCCCGGCAUGAACUGCUGUGGUCACAGCCAGGUUUGCUACCGCUGGUCCAAACGCUGGUUGGUGGUGAAGGAUUCAUUCCUGCUGUACAUGAAGCCAGACUCUGGGGCCAUUUCCUUCGUUCUGCUGGUGGACAAAGAGUUCAGCAUCAAGAUGGACUCCAAGGACACCGAGACCAAACAUGGAGUCCGCAUUGACAGCCUCUCCAGGACCCUGGUGUUGAAGUGCAGCAGCUACAGACACGCCCGCUGGUGGGGCCAGAGCAUCGAGAGCUUCGUCAGGAGUUAUGGGAAGGCCUUCCUCCGAGAUCACCGCUUUGGGUCUUUUGCACGGGAAGAGGAAAACAUCCCUGCAAAAUGGUAUGUGAAUGGCAAGACUUACAUGGAGGAUGUGGCAGAUGCUCUGGAGGAGGCAAAAGAAGAGAUCUUCAUCACCGACUGGUGGCUGAGUCCAGAGAUCUUCCUGAAAAGGCCAGUGGUAGAGGGGAACAGGUGGAGGCUGGACUGCAUCCUCAAACGCAAGGCACAACUGGGAGUGCGAAUCUUUGUGAUGCUGUACAAGGAGGUGGAGCUCGCCUUGGGGAUCAACUCAGGCUACAGUAAGAGGACCCUCAUGCAUCUGCACCCCAACAUCAAGGUGAUGCGUCAUCCAGACCACGUCUCCUCCUCUGUGUAUCUGUGGGCGCAUCAUGAGAAGAUCAUUGUCAUAGACCAAUCGGUGGCCUUUGUGGGCGGGAUCGACCUGGCAUAUGGACGCUGGGAUGACAGAGAACACCGGCUUACGGACGUGGGAAGCGUGACGCGCUCCGUGGCCCUGGAGCAGGCUGCCAACAAUCCAUCCACUAAGGGCCCGUCCUCCGCUGAUGGCAUCUCCCAUAGCAACGGACGAGGGACGCCGCCCUGUGACCCGGUUGACCUGCCCAAGCUGAAGGGCAUUGGUCGCAACAGGAGGACGCGCUUCAGCCUGUCCAGACGCCUGCACAAACACAAUCUGCAGCAUGCGGACAGCGUCAGCAGUGUUGACAGCACAGGGAGUGGUUCAGUGCGAAGCCUGAAGACCGGUGUUGGAGAGUUAUUGGGGAACACUCGCUUCUGGCAUGGAAAGGACUAUUGCAACUUUGUGUAUAAGGACUGGAUCCAGCUGGAGAAACCUUUUGAUGAUUUCAUCGACAGGUACACCACUCCCAGAAUGCCUUGGCAUGACAUCGCCUCAGUGGUUCAUGGCAAAGCUGCCCGGGACGUGGCCAGACAUUUUAUUCAGCGCUGGAACUUCACUAAGAUCAUGAAGCCAAAGUAUCGCUCUCUGUCCUAUCCAUUCCUGCUCCCCAAGUCUCACUCUACUGCCAGCGAGCUGAAAUACCAGGUCCCCGACUGCGUUACCACCAAAGUACAGGUUCUGCGGUCAUCAGCAGACUGGUCAGCUGGUAUAAAGUACCAUGAGGAGUCCAUCCAUAAUGCCUACAUCCAGGUCAUCGCCAAGAGCAAGCACUACAUCUACAUCGAGAACCAGUUCUUCAUCAGUUGUGCUGACAACAGGACAGUCUACAAUAAGAUCGGAGACGCCAUCAUCGAGAGGAUCAUCCGAGCACACAAGGAGGGUAAGAAGUACCGUGUGUAUGUGGUGACCCCGCUGCUUCCUGGCUUUGAGGGUGACAUCACCACGGGAGGAGGCAACGCCAUCCAGGCCGUCAUGCAUUUCAACUACAGAACAAUGAUCAGAGGAGAAUACUCCAUCAUCUCCCAACUGAAAAAGGAGAUGGACGACCAGUGGAUGAACUACAUCUCCUUUGCUGGUCUGCGGACGCACGCCGAGCUGGAGGGACGCCUGGUCACAGAGCUCAUCUAUGUCCACAGCAAGAUGCUCAUCGCCGAUGACAACACCGUCAUCAUCGGUUCUGCUAACAUCAAUGACAGAAGCAUGCUGGGUAAGCGCGACAGUGAGGUGGCGGUGAUUGUUGAGGACUCAGAAAAAGUUGCUUCAGUUAUGGAUGGGCAGGAAUACCAGGCUGGACCCUACGCACUACAGCUACGCCUUGAAUGCUUCAGGACUAUCCUGGGAGGUCACACUGACACCAGUAUUGACCUCUCCGACCCCAUCAGUGACCGUUUCUACAAGGAGGUGUGGAUGACCACGGCUGGACGCAACGCCACCAUCUAUGAGAAGGUGUUCCGGUGCCUUCCAUCUUCCCUGGUGAGGAACAUGUCGGAGCUGGAGCAGUACCAGUCCAAACCCGGCCUGGCCCAGACCGACCUGGCCCGCGCUCAGGAGGAACUACGCAGGAUCCGAGGCUUCCUGGUCCAGUUUCCUCUGGACUUCCUGUCUGAACAGAACCUCAUGCCCUCUGUUGGAACCAAGGAGGCCAUGGUCCCAACCGAGAUCUGGACUUAAGGACCAUCCAACACAGCUCCUCUUCCGUGAUAUAUCUGGUCUUAACUGUUUCCUUUAGUGUCCGAGAGCGGUCUAUGAACUGUGCUUACUUAUGAUUGUGGAACACGGGAUAUUUAUGUCAAGUCACCUUUGAAUAAUCUGGACCAGAAUGAGAGACAGAUUUACGGUAACAGGAUUGAUUUUGGCUGCAAGGCACUGACAAAUCUUUCAAGCUGAUACAGAAUGGGUGGCACUGACAGCUUGUCAGGAUGAGACCUAAUCUUCUGGAUGUAUGAAGAACAAAAAGUUGCCAGUCUUGAGGACUAAAAGCAAGAUUACGAUUGCAAGGUGACUGCAUUCAGACUGUGGAGUUGAGCAAGAGGCACAUUGACGUGGAGUUUUGGGAAUGAAACUCAACUGUGGACAAGGCUCAGACCUUCGUUGGUGAAAACUCAAAAGACAGACAGGAUUUAUGAGGGAACCAGAGCCAGGCAGUGGUGAUCGAUCACUCAUGUCAAGUUGUAUUUCACCACUAAACAUGACCAGGGUACAUGAAGGAAAGCCAGAGGAGUCAAGAUUGGAAACAAUUAUGGUAAUAAACUUUUGGCUCCUGGUUUAAGGCAUUGCAAAAUCUACACAACAGCAGUGAUGCAUGUGACCUACUGAGUUUGUGAUGUAUGCUCGUAAGGUGCUUUAGUGCUACGUAUGCUGUAUGCAAGCCCACAGAGUGGUUAUAGUGUUGAGCCUGCUGUGUACCAUAUGUGCUGCUUCAGAGUAAGUCUCUGAGUAUUAAAUCUAUAUUGAGGAUCUUUUCUGUACAACAAAUCCAUUACAUGUAGUCGCUCUUCACUGUGACAGUACAACCACACAGACAAUGUUAACUGGUUCAGUAGUGGCGCAUGAUCUACUAACAAUAGUCACAUCUUGUUAUUAACGUGAUUGCCGUCCUGCAUGUUCCAAUCACACCUCUGUAAAACCCUCCAGAGACAAUAACCAGUAUAUUUACAGUCAUUGGUAUCAUUGUGACAGAUAAUAACAAAAAAUGCAGUCUGUUUCAAAAGCGUCUUAAGGUGAUUGAGUUUUUGCUCUGCUGAAAUCAAACUGAAUCUAAGGGAACUUUGUUAAGCUGAUUCAACCUAAGGCCACUGAGGACUAAUGCAGUAUGACCGCAGGCUCGACUUACAGAAAGCAAAUGGAUGUUUCUUAACCUUCAGCUCUGAAUGAGACAAUCUACCUGCAAACCCAAACAGUGGUUAAUUUCCUCUUUGCUCAACAGAUGGCGCCAGUUUCCUAAAAACACAGUCUCUGCAUUAUUGAAUGGUUGGAAAUGGUGCUCACACCUCCCCUUGCUGUUUCUCUGUCUCAUGGCAGUGGCUUGGUAAUCACUGCAGACAGAACAGGUCUUUGGAACAAUGCUGUAAACAGUAACAAAAAAAUAAAAUAAAGUAACUGUUCUCCUUAUACUCACUAAUGUAGUGUCUGUAAAAAGUGAACCUGCAAAGCUCUCAUAUUUUUCGUAUAUUUCAAGAGAGCUCGGUGGUUUUCUUGACGAAGACUUUUAUUGUUCCCGAAUGAAACUAAAAUUCUGCUGGAACAUUUUGUUUUGUUGAAAGAGCUGCAACGCAGUGCUGCCAACUGUCAUGCCAGUUAAAUUUGUAGGGAUUAAUGUGGCAUGUAAUCCAUUUGGCAGCUGAUGGAGAGUGUUGCUGUAAAUGAAGUAUGGAAUUAUCGCUGACCUACUUUGUCCAGCUUUUUUUUUUUUUGGUUUUUUUGUUUCAUGUCAGUCUGAUGAUCCUUUUUUGGUCUCCACCCUCCCCUUUUGUUAAAAGUAAGUAAUCACACCUGUGGAUUUCUGUUGUAUUACUAAAUUGUGGCAAAUGCAUGCUCAGUAUGUGACACAGCCUAACUGGGUCAUCAAACCACUUAGCUCUCACUUGACUGAUGAGAUUGUUGGAGAGGGUUCGUAUAGAAUCCGGGAACAUGACAAACUUGGUUCAGCAGGUUUCUGGUAGUAACAUAGCCAGUUAAUUGCUGCACAAUUUCCGAGCAACAUACCCAUUAUGUAACCUGUAUAGUUUUAUCUGAGAUGCAGGUACAGACAACAUGGAAACCAAAAGUGACACUAUUUAUGCCAGUCAAAAUUAUGCAUUUUUAAGUUUCUCUAUGUGGAAAACUGUCUGAAAAUUCUCCACACUGUAGCAGGGCCAAAACCUACGCAGUCAGUGGCUGAAUCUUACACCUGAAAUAUGUCUGUUUUCAAAAGAAUCUUACACCUGAAAUAUGUCUGUUUUCAAAAUCAUUUUGGGAAAUAAUAGUAAGCAACAGCUCUUUUUGUCCUCCUCAGUUGAUGACAUCUUGGACUUCUCAUUUUCCUUUAAUGCAAUUGCACCAAGUCAGUAAUGCCAAAAUAAAUAAAUAUGUUAAUUAUUUGACACUUUAAUUAAUUAAAUUCUGAAUAAAUAACCUUUGAGAUAGUUUCUCAAAUGGGAAGGUGAAAUUGAAAAAAGUGUAACUGGCAAGGUGAUAAGGUUCUCAAAGUUUACAGUCUUUUGGGGCAGUAACUUUCUUUUCUUUUUUCUUUUCUUUUCUUUUCUUUUCUCACAGUGUUGUCAAUAAGGAAUCUCCAACAAUUUCUUGUUAUGUCCAACAUUUCUAUAGAAGCACCUGCCUAUAUACAACACACCAGCAUCACUGCCACUUCUACUUUUGAAGUUUUGAAGGUCCUAUUGAUUUACAAAAAAAAAAAAAAAAAAAAAAAAAAAAAAAAAAAAA